UGGGGCAUCUUUAAGUUUCGGCGAACCCAAUUGUGAUAUUUUUCUCUACCCAUAAGACAUUAGUCUCUAAACCAUGGGGGAUUGGAACUUAUUGGGUGGCAUCCUAGAGGAAGUUCACUCUCACUCAACCAUUGUGGGGAAAAUCUGGCUGACCAUCCUCUUCAUCUUCCGAAUGCUGGUACUUCGUGUGGCUGCUGAGGGUGUCUGGGAUGAUGAACAGUCAGCAUUUGCCUGCAACACUCAGCAGCCAGGUUGCAGAAAUAUCUGUUAUGAUGAUGCUUUUCCUAUCUCUUUGAUCAGAUUCUGGGUUUUACAGAUCAUCUUUGUAUCUUCUCCUUCUCUGGUUUAUAUGGGCCAUGCGCUUUAUAGACUCAGGGCCUUUGAGAAAGAGAGGCAGAGGAAAAAGUCAUACCUUAGAGCCCAAAUGGAGAAUCCAGAGCUUGACUUGGAGGAGCAACAAAGGAUAGAUAGAGAACUGAGGAGGUUAGACGAGCAGAAGAGGAUCCAUAAAGUCCCUCUGAAAGGAUGUCUGCUGCGUACUUACGUCUUACACAUCUUGACCAGAUCUGUGCUGGAAGUAGGGUUCAUGAUAGGCCAAUAUAUUCUCUAUGGGUUUCAAAUGCAUCCGCUUUACAAAUGCACUCAGCCUCCUUGCCCCAAUACAGUGGAUUGCUUUGUAUCCAGGCCCACAGAGAAGACCAUUUUCAUGCUGUUUAUGCACAGCAUUGCAGCCAUUUCCUUAUUACUCAAUAUACUGGAAAUAUUUCAUCUGGGCAUCAGAAAAAUCAUGCGGACACUUCAUAAAAAAUCCAGCAAUGAGGGCAUUGAGAAUGAAAGGGUCUCUCCAUUCCAUGUGAAGAAAUAUUCAGUGGCCCAGCAGUGUAUGAUUUGCUCUUCCUUGCCAGAAAGAAUCUCUCUACUUCAAGCAAACAAUCAACAGCAAGUCAUCCAAGUCAAUGUGCCAAAGUCUAAAUCCAUGUGGCAAAUCCCACAGCCCAGGCAACUUGAGGUAGACCCUUCCUGUAGCAAAAAAGACUGGGCUGAGAAGGUUCAGUACAGUGGACAGCUCCAUGUUCAUAGCCCAUGUCCUUGGACUGGCAAUUCUAGAAUUCAGCACCCGGGACAGCAGCCAGACCCGUCUGCCUUUGGCCUACAGAAUGCAAUGUCCCAGUCCUGGCUGGGUAUGACAGCCCCUAAAAACUGUCCAUCCUAUGCAAUAGGUACCUGGGAGCAGCCCCAGGACCUGGAGCCCUCAGGGGAGCUCACAGAUCUGCACAGUCACUACAGGGACAGUGAUGGCAGCAUGAGAGAGAGUGGGGUCUGGAUAGACAGAUCUCGCUCGGGCAGUCGGAAGGCUAGCUUUCUGUCCAGAUUGCUGUCUGAAAAGGGACAGCUGCACAGUGACUCAGGAAGCUCCGGUACUCAGAAUAGCUCCUGCUUGGAUUGUCCGCACCGGGAAAACAGCCCCUCACCUCUCCCUUCAGCCACUGGGCACAGAACAUCAAUGAAUAUGCUUCUAGAACUUUCAUCUAUUAUGAAAAAAUAAUGCACCAGGAGCAGCAGGUAUCUGUAGGAGGAAAGUUGUGUCUUUG